AUGCCCUUUGCGUACUACUAGCGGAAUUCGCAAUAUGUUGUUAUUGAGACAGCAUUGGCUUUAAUUAGUGGUUUUAAUAAGGGGCGCAGUUUGCACGAAGCGAUGGAAUGUAAUCUGGGGGGGUGAGGCAGCGAGUUUCGUAGCAGGUAGUAACAGUGGUGGCAGCAGGAUCCGCCCGCACCGAUCCUGAUCCUAGGCUAGGCAUUCCCGGUUGACAGUUUAUUGAGCUGUCCAGAGCAGGAGCAUAUACCUCCGCCCAACCAUCCGCAUCCGAAAUCUGGGCUCUGCGGCUGAUGCUACCCUGCUACAUUUGCUCUGUACACACGAGCCCUUCGGCUUACCCUAGCCCUAGCCGUGACUGCUCUGGGCGCUCGCCAACUCCGGCUGCAUCCUAGCUUAGCUGUUGCCUGGCUGGCUGCCUGCCUGCCUUUCCUCCUUCCUACCUUCGGCAAGCCCGAAGACCCACCGCGCCACCAGUGAAUCCCCCGCAAAAUACAGUAAUGGCGUCGACCAAAGGCGGUGGGUGGUCGGUAGUAAUGUGAAUUUGACAGUGCUUAUUGUUUUUCUCAUGUUCUUAAAGACGCUGGGAGCAGUAGAGUGAUAAUCGAGAUAUCGCGAACCCAUCUAGCAAUUAAAGUUGUCGCUGAAAAGGGCCGGUCUGUGGACUUGCGACGUCCAGCACCCACCAAACGCAGUUCACCACCUUGGGUGUAGAUAGUCGUGACAGUGGAUUCUAAUAUGAAAUAUCUGUGAGUUCUCGGAGAUCCAGAAGUGUUAUUGAGGAGCGCUAGGAUGUACGGAAAAGUCGUCGCUGGAUCGUUUAAUGCCAAGGUUUCCGAAAUGAUGGUGUUGAAUUUGAGCUGCUGUACAUAGAAGACAACUACUUAUUGAAUCUGAGCAGAGCCUGUCAACUGAACUGCAGAGAAAUUGAGCAAGAUGGCUCGCAAAGUUGAGACUGUGCGGUCCAUCUGUGUUGCUGUGGUUGGCUUGUCUGGCAUGGAAAAAGACAAGGGCCAUGCAGGUGUGGGAAAAUCUUGCAUGUGCAACCGGUUCAUGAGAUCUGUUGCUGAUGACUACAAUGUGGAUCAUAUAUCAGUACUCAGUCAGACAGAUUUCAGUGGACGGGUUGUAAACAAUGACCAUUUUUUAUAUUGGGGUGAGGUGAUAAAGACAUCAGAUGAAGGGGUUGAUUAUCAGUUCAGCAUUAUUGAGCAGACAGAGUUCAUAGAUGAUGCCUCCUUUCAGCCAUUCAAAGGUGGCAAAAUGGAGCCCUAUGUUAAAAGGUGUGCGUCGACGAAAAUCCAAUCGGCGGAGAAGCUGAUGUAUAUAUGCAAGAAUCAAUUAGGUAUAGAGAAGGAGUAUGAGCAGAAAGUAUUACCUGAUGGGAAAUUGAACAUAGAUGGUUUUAUCUGUAUUUUUGAUGUGAGUGUUGUGCCAAGUCGGUCAAUAGAGAAACAAAUAGAAUUCGUAGCGGCCAUUUUAAAUAAUUUAGUUAAAACUAAAAAGCCAAUUGUGUUAGUAACCACCAAGAACGACGACGCUAAUGAGCUGUUCAUUAGGGAGGCAGACAAGUUAGUGCAGAGGAAGGAAUAUAAAGGUGCUAUUCCGCUAGUGGAAACGUCAGCGCACGAUAACGUUAAUGUAGACUUAGCUUUUCUACUAUUAGCACAAAUGGUCGACCGAAGCAAGGUCCGAUCGAAGUUAGUGUCGUAUUUAGAGGCUUCUAGAGCCCGGAAGGAGCUGAUGGACGCAGCCAGUGAGGCUUUCCUCAGGCUCAUCAAAAUACACGUUACCGAUUGUAGGGCCCUUUGGUCCCAAACCGUGAAAAAGUUAAAUUCGCAUAAGGAGUGGACCUACUUUGUGCAGCUCGUCGGUUUGGAUGGUACUCAGAAGCUCUUCAGACGACACAUCAAGAAACUGAAAGACGAGCAGCUUGCCAGACGGGUCGCCCAGUACAUGGAAAUGUUACCAGAUGUAUUACAUGAACUAGUCCCAGAUAUCAAUACCUUUACUGAUAGUUUGUGUUUCAGUGAUUGGCCAUCUAUUCAACAGUACCUGAAAACUCAUCCAGACUUCUCGCAAUAUUUUUACGAGUGUCCCGAGGAUAUGCCUUGGACUGAAUGUGAAUUAAAUUCAGAUAAUGAGGAUUCUCGAAUACCUUAUGAUGUUUUAGACACGAGCGAUGCCGAAACAGUGUACAAAAAUCACGUGAAUGUUUUGCAACAGGAGCAGAAACGAUUGGAGAUGCCGAAGAGGUGGAAGAAGCAAUUCAAGCAAUUGUUAGAGGACACCGGUUACGUGACUCCUGGCAAACAUUUAUCGGAAGUGCGAGUUCUGUUUAUGGGUCGUGAAUGUUUCGAAGCACUUUCGGAACACGAUUGUCAGCAGAUUUACGAUGCCCACCAAAGAGAGCUAAUCGAAAAUGCCAAGCACAACUUCCAAGAGCUGCUACUCGAAAACGCGGAUCUGUUCUAUCACUUCAAAAGUAUUGCGCCUACCGGCACGAUCACCCAGGACGAUAUCAAGGAGAUCACGGACGUCCUGCAGGAUGAUUUCCGGUACAAAAUGCUCGAUAGACUGGACCAAGACAGAAAACUGAUGCUAUUCCAGCACUUAGGCUUUGUUCACUGUCCAAUCCGCGAACAUUGCCCUGCGUUUCCUAACUGCAUGGAUGCGUUGAUUGAAAGAAUUCUUGCCACAAAAGCUCAUAGACCUUCCUCGUGGAACAGAAGUACCCAGUGGCUGUUAACUUCGGACAAUAAUCAGCUUAAUCUUGUAAUACUUGGUAUCAACCACUUAGCGGAAGAUUUGUCAAUGAAGAUCAGGGAACAGUGCGAGGACGAUGAAUACAAAAUAGAUGGUCAAUUUUAUAGUCUGGAUUAUAGAAUAAUCACGGGCGAUGUAAGUUUACCACAUAACUCAUUCCGCACAUCAGAGUUUGUACCUCAUGGCAGCUUCUGUGUUUAUUCCAACGCCGAGUCUUUUGAGUAUAUCAGAGAUAGUUUAGAGAAAACUUUGCUCUCGAACUUAGAACAAGAAGACAAAUUGCCAUUCCAAGGUUUGCCGAUAGUUAUUAUGUUUAUUCCGGAUUCGUUCCUAGAGGAGAAAGAUAUACUGAAGCUUCGCGAAGAAGGACAGAGCUUGGCAGAUAGUUUGCAAUGUCCGUUUAUGGACAUUUGUCUAGAACAGAUAACCGAUGAGCAGCUCGUAUCAGAAGCACUUCAUGAGCUGAUACAAAGCAUACAUCAUAGAGCUGGAUUCCUGAACUAUCAAGUCAUCGAAUGUGCUGAACCUGAUAUAAGAAUAAUCAUGUGCAUGUUCUGCGGUGAUCCUUUCUCCGUGGAAAAUGUACUUGCACCAUUGUUAUCCCAUCAAUGUUGCUUCCUGUCAGCUGAACGUAGCAUAAUUCUUGAAACUUAUCUUGGCGACUCCAAACGGAAAGUCGAAGUGAUUAUCUCAUCAUUCCAUGGAGCAAAUGCAUUCCGUGAUGAGCUCGUCCACGGGUUCAUUUUAGUCUAUUCCACCAAACGAAAAGCCUCCUUCGCUACUCUAAAUGCAUUUUCAAUGAACAUUCCUAAUCUUCCGAUUCAAAUAAUGGCAGUUACUGAGGGAGGGGCAAAUGCUUAUUUCAAUAGUGAACUGACCCAUCUGUUGAUUGCCGAAGGUAACAACACGGCGGAUCGAUUGCACGCCCAUUUCGUCACGUCGAAUGCUUCAUGUCAACAGAAAACUGCCUUCUACACGCCUUUUUUUAAAGAGGUUUGGGAUAAGAAGCCUGAAAUUGAACAGGCAUUCCAUAUGGAGGAACCAGCUGGUCUCGUGGAUAGUGGCGAAGGUACUCUUGAACAUCCAAGGUCGCAAAGGGCGCAUCCUUUACCUCCACCACGUCACGAAAGUUAUCAUUUGAAACAUAACGAUGGAAGCGGAAGCGAAAACUAUGAACAUUUGGCGGAUCUCAACGGACCGGAAGAAAGGCUGAGCUCGAGCGACCACAGCGAUAAAUAUUCUCAAAUCUAUCAAAUGUAUGGUAGUGAGAAUGGAGACAUAAUGUCUUCUAAGAAACGCCAUCUUCAUUCAGGUUUCCAAGUAUACCCGCCUCCAACCACACCCCCAGAACCAGCACCACCGGAUCACCUAAUGAACAGCAGGACGAGCAAACGGGGUCAAAUCCUUUCCGCGUCGCAGACCAGUCUCGACGAAAUUACUUCUGACAUUAGUGGAUCACGUGAAUCGUUGGCAACACAUGACUCAGGUUCAUUAUUUUUAGAUGGUGAUGCGGAAUCUCAUUUACCCUUGACCAGCGGUUGGAACAACUAUGGACAGCAUGCCUUCACGACGGGAAGAAGGCACGUCUCUGGACCUAAGGCUCGUCCCAAGGGUGUAUCCCAGACCCUAAAGCGAAAUCCUGUGGUUUUUGGAGAUAAUUGGCAACCAGGAAAAUUGAAUUUGAAGAACUUCUCAGUCGUGACGGAGGCGAUAGCUCGAAUGAAUGUCAGUGGUAAGGACAGUCGUAACAGUAACUUUGGAAAUGCUCCUUUAGCAACACCCGAAGUUGUAGACCUGGGCUCGGAAUAUGCGCAAGUUAAAGAUAUUAUGUAUCCUCAAGACGCCGAAUAUAUGUACACAUUGGUGCACGAUGCAGUGAGCGGAAAAUCAAAAUUGAGACAACGAAGAGAAAAGGGUCAGCCUUCGUACUCCGAUACGGAUAGCGAAUGGAGCAGCCUUGAGAGAAGACAGAGACAGAGCGAGGUGUACUCGAAAGUCAAUAGAAAAACAGGAACUCACAAGAGGACAAGGAAGAAGAGGACAGCCAUACCUGUCCAGCCACCGCGUGUGCCGCCCAAAUCCGCGUUCACGAUGUCCUCAGCACAUUCUGCUCCGCCGGUCGAUAUGGACAGCGAAAAGACCAACCUUCUAGUGCCAACCGAAUCAAAUACCGACUCUUCGGAAGGCAGCGAGAAUGGACAUUACACAAGCACGACGGACAGGAUGCGCUUCGGGAAGCAGCGCUCCUUUAGUUUGAAAAAGCGACUCCACGCAGCACACGGAGUUGGCUGCAUCCAGCAAGAUCUGCACAACACGCACAACCUGACAAUGCCAUUAAACUCACCGGACUUGUUCUCAAGCAAAGUUGGUUCAUACGGUUUGAUACACGACGACGAGUCCAGUCUGGACGUGUCUUCGCCCAGAGACAACCAUUCCCCGAUGUCAUCGCGAAUUUUGCAGUUUGAUGCGUUGCCGAAAAUGAAGGAGUCCGAUCGUGAAAAGUUGCUGCGGAAGCGCGAGAAGCAGAAGGCGAAGGACGAUUCUAAAUUGGAGAAGCGCAAGCAGAAGGAAGAGAAGCUCAGGAAGGUGGCGGAUAAGGAGAAAGAGCGCGACAGGAAGAAGCUGCAGAAGUUGAAACAGAAAUCCGGUUCGGCGGGCGGUAACGUACCAGCUAAACUCUCUGAUUUCAUUCAAUCCGACAACAAUUACGUGCCAUUGUUUAUGGAGAAAUGCGUGAAGUUUAUUGAGACUGAAGGGUUAGACUCGGAGGGCAUCUACAGGGUGCCCGGUAAUCGGGCACACGUCGAUUUGCUGUUCCAGAACUUUGAAGAAGAUCAAAAUGUCGAUAUAUAUCAAUUGGAUGUACCUGUUAAUGCUGUGGCGACGGCUUUGAAAGAUUUUGUCUCGAAACGGCUACCGCCUCUAUUCGAAGAGAAUGUGAUGUCGGAGUUGGAAGAUAUAGCGGGCAUGAGGAUGAAACCGAUGGCUACCACCACCAGCAACAUCGAAGUGAAAACUGAUAAAAGCUGCCGACUUAUCGCUCUUCGUAAGAUGCUAGGAAAACUUGAUCCUGUAAAUUUCCAAGUGUUGAAGUUUGUGUUUCAACAUUUCGUUAAGGUCGCAGAAAACGCGAAACUCAACAGCAUGGAUAGUAAAAAUCUGGCUAUCUGUUGGUGGCCUACGCUGCUACCCAUUGAGUUUAGCGACAUGGGCAGAUUCGAGCAGAUGAGACCAUAUCUGGAGGACAUAGUGCAGACGAUGAUCGCACAGUAUCCAUUCCUGUUUUGCGGCAAAGAGGCGUACGUGAUGGUUUGAAUCGGAAUGUGAGAAACAUGAACAAAAUAAUAAUAAUAACAACAACAAAAAACAAAAGCGCACAAGUUGCAGUAGAGCAGCCUCAGUUUCUGGCAUUCCAACAAUAUUUUUUAUUACAAAACAAACAAACAAACAAAAAAAAAGACGAAGAUGAAAUGAAAUUAGUAGGAAGUUGGAGGUAGGAGAAGCAAAGAAAUUCAAAAUUGGGGAGGCCUUGAUUUUUGUAAACUGUUACGAUGUGAGAGAUGCCAUACGGAUGGUCGACUGUGCGACCCGCAAUGGUAUCAAGCUUUAAAGUAUUUUUUUAAUUGUUUAAUAUAUUCUUUGUGAUAUUAUGUCCGUAUAUAUGUAGUAGGGCGGGAGGAUGGAAUCUGUCUUAAGGUGCUUCUCGCAACUUACACGACAUUAACAAAACAAACAAAACAAAGCAGAAAGAAAAAAAAACAUAAUAAUGAUAAUUUGUAUUUUUACAUGGAUUACACCGUACCAUAGUCUUUAUAUUGCAAUGUAUAUUUGAUAAAAACGAGAAUAUGAAAAACGUAAGCAUGUAUGUAACGCUUCUUACUAAGUGAAAUAAGAUCUGUGUUUUUUUCAAUGUAACUAAAUUCUGAAGGUAUUGGUUCAGUUUUCGUCGAUGUCCCCCUUAGAGUGUAGUCAAUGUAAAAUCCGUUCAUACAUUUGUUGCCCUCCCAACUAUCAACGACAUCAAAGGAAAGAAGAAAUAUAGUGUGCAAAACAAGAAAACAAGUUCAAGUUGUGCACAAGUCCAUUCUUUAAUUAUCAAGAAAGAAAGAAAAAUAAGUAUUUAUAUUAUUGUAUUAUAUUGAUGUUCCUUUUAAGAUUAUAUUUAUAUCAUUUUCUCCGCACGAUAAUUGUUCUAUAUGGAAAUAAUAGUAAUUGAAAUGAUAAAAAAAAAGAACAAAAAAAAAAGAAGAAAUAAUAAGAAGCGACAACAUUAUUAUGAAAGAAGUUUACUGGACAUCCGUUGUCUUGACAUCGUAUCUUAGUCUAGUGGCCGUGUCUAUUUUCGUUUGAAUGCUUUCAUUCGUUUGAUUUCAGUAGAGGCGGGUCUAUCUACUUGAAAUGGUAGACCCAAAGAUAACCGAGUUGCAGCAUCAUAAAAGAAUUAUUGCAUUCUGCAGUGAGGUCGAUGUUAUAGUGAUAUAAGUCUGAUGUGAUGCGUCUAUUAAGUAAUGAUUCUGUUUGUAAUUCACGUGUCAACUGUAAUUCUAGUCGGCGAGUGAGAAUCGCACUCGAAAUGACUUCAAAUAAUUUCGAAUCUCUUAUUAUUUUGAUUCUCUUAUAUACCCGAUUGCUCUCGAAAAAAAAAUUAUCUUUUGGAAUAAUAAUACAAAACGUGGACGAAGACGGUGGAAGAAAAGUGAUAUAUUUUAUUUAUAGUAAUUUAUGGUAAUUCAAGUUCUCUCAUUUAUAUAUGUUGUUAAUAAGAUAUCAAGAGAUAUGAUAGAAUUGUGCAAUUUUUUAAGGGAAUACCUAAAAUUAUGCAUUGUAUACAAUAGGAAUUGAUUGUUUUUUUGUUUGUGUUUAUGUUUUUUAUUAUUAUUAUAAUUUUUGUUGUUCUCCAUUGGAGGAGGAAACGAUGAAAUUGAUAUUAACAAUUAUAUUGAAUAAGGAAUAAUAAUAAUAAUAAAACGUCUGUAUCUAAUUGACUCGACUUUUCAGUCAUUUGGAUCCGGUGAUUAGGAUUAAGCUUCGACUUGCUUAACGGCUUGUGGGUCCUGGUUCUGUAUAUAAAUAUUUAUCAACGGAAAUACUCAGCAAUCCAACAUAACUUUUAUAAGAAAAUAACAAGUAAACGAUGGAAUAGUGGAAAGAGCAGAAAAUAUAAUCAAAACAACAAGCAACACCAAACAAAAAGAAAAGAUACAAUUGUUACUCAACACUUUUACCUGCUAGGACCCACGAAUUGUAAACAUGUGUUUUCUUAGGCUAUAAUAAUAUUAAUAAUAAUUUACAUGUAACAUAUGUGGAUAUAUUGGUAGACUACGUUUUCUGGGUUUUCUCCCAUACACAAUACACACAAGUAUUUAGCCUAUCCCUGAGGUUAUUAUACUAUGUUUUUGUAACGAAAGAUUUGUAUCAAUAUUUAUCAACUGCCUAAUAAUAACUGUAUGCUAGAAAAAGAAA